AUGAAGGUUACUACUUCAGUUGCACUCGCCUCCCUCCUGGCCAUGGCCCAGGCUCAUCCCUCGGGCGCCUGGUGGGGCACGGAUGAUUGCUAUACUAGCCCGGAUAAUACCAAUAAUGAAUGCUCUGACGAGAUGCGCGGUGGAUUCAACUGGGCUGGCCUCACCGCCGGUUCUUUUGACUUCUUCGCUGGCUUCGCAUUCUCUGGGUUCUCUUUCAGCAGCAGCUUCAGUGCUGCUAUUGGUGGUGGCUUUGCCGGCCAAUGCAUCGAGUCGAAUCUCUCCAAGGAUGAUGAGACGUCCCCAGAGAUCUCGUCCGGCAGCGAUAAGACCUUCUCCAUCAGCAAACUUCACCUGGUGACCGCCAAGGACGCUGAGAUCAAGAUCAUCUAUGACAUGCCUGACGGUUCUUCCUGCAAGCAUGUCGCCCCGUGCUCUCCGAAGGGAACCGUUGUCGCCAACGACCAGUGUGGUGGUGCCAGCUCCGUCCGGUUCGAACUCGCAGAGGAGGCCGCCGUCGAUGCUGUAGUCUUCGGUAUCCAGAAUAUCGAGUUUGAAUGCUCCCCUGGCCAGAAAACUCCGACCCCCUCUCAUCCUCAUACAAGUCCGACUGCGACUGGACACUCGUCUACUCCAGUGAUUCCAGUACCGUCCUCGUCUGAUGCAGUCACGCCUCCGGCUCCUAGCACUCCCGUCAAGAUGACCACAUCUACCGUGUAUACUACAAGCCUGAUCACCAUCACAAGUUGUGCUCCAACCGUUACCAACUGCCCUGGAGAUUCGACCACGGUUGUUACUUCCACUAUUGCUGUCUCGACUACUGUCUGCCCGGUCACUUCGACUGAAACUCCCGCGAAGCCUACUGAAACCCCCGGAAAGCCCACUGGAACCCCUGGGAAGCCUACUGGAAGCUCCCCAGUUGGUGGUUCCUCCGAGGUUCCCUCUCCGAGCAGCCCCGCUCCCACAGGUACUGCUAGUACUUCAUCGAGCGUCCACCCAACUAGCCAUGGUGGAUCUUCUUCCCUCCCUCCAGAUUCAACCACAACUGUGGUGACAUGGGAAACCCUGACCACUUGUCCAGUGACUACCACCGCUACUUCUGGCGGCGUCACCACUACUUCCGUCUACAGCACGGUGUCCACGGUCACCCUUACGUCGACAUCUACCAUUUGCAACAAGUGCACUGCUACUCCUCCGACUGGCAAGCCUACCGUCACUCCGACUGGAACCUCUCCUACACCGACAGGUGUUUCCCCCGAGGAGCCUCCUGAGGAUUCCACCACGACCGUCGUUACAUAUACCACCGUGACCGACUGCCCAGUAACUACCACGGCUACCGCCGGUGGCACCACGACCACUUCCGUCUACACGACCCAGUCAACCGUUACGCUGACCUCGACCUCCACGGUGUGCACCAAGUGCUCCUCUACUCCAACUCCUACCGGAGUUGCGCCUAUCAGUACUCCUGCCGGGGGUGCAACGACGGUCGUCACAUAUGAAACCGUGACUACUUGCCCUGUUACUACUACCAUCACCUCCGGUGGCUCCACCACUACAUCUGUCUUCACUACCAUCUCGACGGUGACCAAGACUUCCAGCUCUGUCGUGAAGCCCACUGGUGUCCCCUCUUCACCCCCUCCAUCAACGGAAUGCCCUAACUCGGUGCCCAAGUGUAUCAACACCUGGCUCCCUCUUCUACCCAAGUGUACUUCCAACGCGGAUCCCGGUUGUUUCUGCCCGAACCACGAGUUCACAGACAAGGUCAUCAGCUGUAUUCAGGCAUGGGGUGCUUCCAAAGAAGAGAUCCAGUCCGCGCUCUCCUACUUCGCCGGUAUCUGCGCCCCCUAUGUCCCUGGAAACCCAGGCAUUGUCACUGGCAUUCCGAGCACCAUCACUCUGAUCCCCACUCCUGCCCCCACAGGUGUCGCCCCUGUGACCGGCACCAGUGCGGCACCACUCCCAACUGCCGCUCCAGAGGUUCCUCGCACGACCAUCACCUACUCCACCUACACGGUGACCGUGCCCCAAGUGACCUUCAGCACCGGCACCUCCGGCCACUCGACCACCGUCGGCUUGAUCCCGGGCCCUGCCCCAACCGGCGUAUCCCCAGGUCACUCCUCGGGCAUCCCGAACCCAUGGGUCUCCGCCUCGUCCACCUGGAUAUCCAGCCACCGUCCUAGCUCGACAGCCAACCCGUCAUCCACCCAGACCCCUCCUCCCCUCGCUAACACUGCCUCCUCUGUGUCCACUAGCUUCUGGCUGGCUAUGGGAGUUGCCGCUCUCUUCAGCAUCUUCUUCUGA